CCACACCGUAAAUCCAGAAAUGAAGGGCCCAAUAACGUUGAUGCUACUCCUUCUGCUCGUGGGUGUGGCCGUGGUCAGGCCAAAUCCUAUGCCUCAACGUAGACGAACUACUCCUAGACCCACUGGCAUUCAGAAAUGGUGUAGAAUUAACUUUGGACCGGCUUGGGGUGGCAGAGGAUGCUAGAAAAGAAUGCAUCUAGGGUGCAGCUUAGACGUACUUAACAGUCUUGAAUCUCGGCUUAAUAAACUUAAUAAUAUUCAGAGAGGGACAGGCUGCUACGUUACUGUCGUUCGUUCUGUCUGAUUGAUGAUUGAAGGCUGACAAGAA